CAGCUGCAGCAGAACGUGUCACCUUUUCACCCUUCCUGAAAAAAAGGGGUGUUACUGUUGAAACUGUUAGACGAAGGAGAAUUCUGGGUAGAGAGUUUCUAUUGCUGAUCCUAAACCAGAGAAAAUGCAGCUGCAGUUGGUUUCAGCAGAGCUCAGACAUGGAGUCGUCUCAGAUCGGCUUGGAGAAUAUCAACAUCACCGGAAAUAAAGCAGGAAGACAAACUAAAGCGGGUAAAGUCCCUGGUGGAGUUUGGAUACGCCUGGCUCUUCUCUUUUGCAUCGUUUUACUGGCCAAGGGACUUUUGAUCACAUGUGCAACCUUCCUAUUAAGUUUGGAUCUGCCUGACUGCCUGCAGAGUAACAGAACCUGUGAGAAGACUGAGAGAGAGAUAUUACUGCUCCGUGUGAAGAAGCUCACAGCACUGCUUCACAGUGUCACUAAAGACUCCAGAUGUCAGCUUUGCCCGGAGCGAUGGCUCUGGUUCUGGGGGCACUGCUACUUCUUCUCUGCAGGCCUGGAGAAAAACCGGCGGUGGGCGGAGAGCGAGGAGUUCUGCCGAGAGCACAACGCCAGCCUGGCCAUCAUUCAGGACGUCACUGAGAUGGAGUUUAUUGUUGAACAUAUGAGGACCUAUCAGGAGAUGCCGUUUCUCUGGCUCGGUCUAACAUACUCUCAGGAAGAGGACAUGUGGAUUUGGCAGGACGGAACACCUUUACACAAUUACACAUUUAUAAAUAUGCAGUGGGACUCAGGGCAGUGGGACUGUGCAGAUCUGCGGGGGGACGGAAGUGUGUUUGCGGGUGACUGUAAGGUGUACGGCCCCUGGCUGUGUGAGAAACCCGUGGACCCUGACGAGAUACCAUCACCCACCAGCAUCAGCAUCCCUGAAUAAAGCAGAUCUACAGUCCUCACUGCAGAGACACACCCUGCAUUUACAGUCAGAACUCCGGGGCUGCUGGGUAACGAGCAGCUUCUCACACUGGAAGCGAAACCUCGCGCUCUCUCGGGACUAAAACCUGUGCAGAACUCGCCCCCGACUCCAAUCCUGAGAGUCUCUAUAAACAACUGAUUCAGCAUUGAGAUAAACCGAGCUAAACCACAUCACAGGGGGGUUUCUCAAUACCAAAAACGAGAAAAAUGCACCUACCCUGGUGAAAAAAAUAUAUAUACUUAAUUGUACUUAAAACAUAGAAAAAUGUCUAAGUAUGCUGUAAAUAUACUAAUAGUUCUAUGUAUUUUCAGCCCCAUUUUUUUUGUUCUUUUUAAAAGCAUGUUUAGCUCUUUUCCUUUCUUUUAACCUUUUUUCUUUUUAGCUAAUUAUGAGAACUGUUUUCUGAUUUUUUAAAAAUUCUUUCUUUUCAGCACUAUAUUUUCAGUCUUUAAUCACCUUUUAUCACUUUUCAGCUCUUUCUUUUAAGCUCAUUUCCCUAUUUUUUAGUUUCCCUAACUCUUUUUCUUUUCCUUUUUUAAGCAAUUUUUUCCAAGUUUUGUCUUUGUCUUUGAAUUUUUUUCAGCUUUUUCUUUUUAUCUUUACUUCUCGGUCAUUUUUCCCCAUUCAGCCCCUUUUAAAAAGGAAUUUAACUCCAGUUUUAAGUCUUUUUUUUACUCUAAGCCUCUUUUACUCUUUUUAACCCCAACUAUAGUUUUUUUAAGCUAAUAGUUAAUGAUAGGACAUAUAUAUAUAUAAUUAAUUGUACUUAAAACAUAUUGAGAAAUGUCUAAGUAUGCUGUAAAUAUACUAAUAGAUUCAUGUACUUACUUAAAAUACAUUGAAAGUACAUUAAUAUUAUGCUUUCAUCAAAUGUUGAGAUCAUACUUUUUAAAAAGUACAAUAUUGUAUAUUUUAAAAAAGAAUAGACUACUAUGAAGUACACUUUUAGUUUA